AUGGCCGGACGCCCAUAUUAUGGUUACGGCGCACCCCCACCUCCCCCCCACGGUUACCCGCCGGGCCCCCCCGGCCACCCCCCCAUGUACCCUGGCCCCGGUGUGGUCUACUACCCAGUUCAUCCCGCUUACUUCUACCCUUACCCCCCACCCCCUGAGCCCGUCCAAGUGGUCGAAAACGCUGAGCCUGAGGAGAUCGUACCCGAAUUGCCCGGAGAGACCGUUGAAUUGCCCUGGAGCACUUACCGAUGGGUACCCGCUAGCCUCAGUCAGCGCAGCAUCCCGCCAGGCGCGCUUAGGGUUGGCACAGACACGGACGGAGAUGAGAUUUACGCGGGCAGAGCGCACCACGAGGGCGACAUCCUUCCCGCUAAAGUGAUACCCACCAAAAACGCUUGCUACAUCGCUUACGGCGGCGAGGAGAUAUUGAAAGAUCAGUUCGAGGUGCUUGUGCCAGCGAUGUUCUCAUGGCAGUUCUCCACGAAUGGCCACGUUCCACCAGGCGCGGUCGAGGCCGGUGUGACCGCUGACGGGGAGAAACUGUACUUCGGCAGGGUGAACCACGACGGCUGCACCACCCCUGGAAAGAUCCACCCAAGCCACGCAACCUGCUACUACCCCUUCGACGGAGAAGAGAGGACAAGCGCGGAGUAUGAAUGCCUCGUGCUCAUG